GUACUGGAAUUCCAGGUGUGUGUCACUGUACCUAGCAUGCCUGUGAAACCCAGGGUUUCCUAUAUGCUAAGCCAGCGCUUCACCCAGAGCCACACUCUGGCCCUGGCUGGUGUUCAUAUUCUUUUAUUUUUUUCUAUUUUUGAUACAUACCAUAUAUACUAUCAAUAAAUAUUAAGCGUACAGGUAACUCUCCACUUAUUCGUGACUUUCAUGGAUUUGGUGCAGAGAUGGAAUCCUGAGCCUUAUGCACGCUACCUUUGAACUACACCUCAAGCAUCAUACAGUUUUGGAAAAAGUGUAAGGGAACCAGAUGUGGUGGUGAUGCUUAUACUCCCAGCUACUAGAGAGGCUGAGGCAGGAGGAUUGCAAGUUCAAGACUACAGAGUGAGUUCCAGAUUAGCCUGGGAAAUUUAGUGAUUGAUACCCUGUCUCAAAAUGAAAAAUAAAAAGAGAGCUGUGGUGUAGCUCAGUGAUAGGGCAUUUGGCUAGCACGUUUGAGGUCCUAGGUUCAAUCCCUAGGACUGCAGAAAUGUAAGAGGAAUCAAAUGAAUAAGAAAAAGAAAUAGAGUGGAGGAUUUGCCUCAGUGAUGCUUGCCGCCUGCAGAGUGAAGGGACUGGGUUCUGUCUGUCUGUCUGUCUGUCUGUCUGUCUGUCUGUCAUCAACCUAUCUAUUUAUCUAUCUGAAACAGGGUCUCACUAUAUAACACUGACUGUCCUGGAAACCAUAAUGUAGGCCAGGCUGGCCUCAAACAGAGCUCGCCUACCUCUGCCUCCCAAGUGCUGAGAUUAAAGGCAUGUGCCACCAUGCAUAGCUAGGGUUCUAAUUCCAGUAUGGCAAAAAUACCAAAACUAACCAAUCAAAACACCACAAACAAAUACGCCCCAAAGGCUAUAAAAAACUGUGUCUCAGCUUUGCUUUCUGGCAGCUUGUGCUCCUCCUGAAGGGAGACACCAAUAGGAGUUUUUGUUUUGUUUUGUUUUUUAGUUUUUGUCUGUGUAGCUUUGGAGUCUGUCCUGAAACUCACUAGGUAGCCCAGGCUGGCCUUGAAUUCACAGAGAUCUACCUGCCUUUGCCUAAGUGCUGGUACUAAAGGCGUGCACCACCACUGCCCAGCCACCAAUAGAAAUUUCUUGGAUCUUCUGCUUAGCAACUUGUUUUUCUUCUGACCCUGACUUGGUAGUGUUUGCAUUUUGUUUUUGUUUGUUUUUGUGUUUACACUGGGGAUUACAUACACAGGGCAUCAUAAGUCUUUGGUCUGAGAGCUCCUAAAGGUUACUCUCUCUGUGAGUGUCUGCCAUGUUGGGACCUUGGCCAACACCGUAGCCUCUAGGACACACACAGACACCUACGUGCAAGCGUGCACACACACACACACACACACACACACACGCAUGCACGCAUGCACGCACACACGUGCGUGCCCGAGCAGAGUCAGGGUAUAGGAAAGAGGCCUAUAAACAGCCCCUACAAGUAGAAAAGGCCCAGAUUGACAGUGCCACGUGAGGUCAUUCUGUGGGGCACUCUGCUGUGAUAGUGUCUCUUUUGGACAAGGAGUCUGUUGACUACUGUUCUUUGAGUCCCGAGGGCUGGCAGGUGGUAUUUAAAAAUCAUUGGCUUUGAAACUAAACUACUUAGGUCUGAAGCCUGCAAUUUACUAAGUGAAAAGCCUGGGGCACAAUUCCUCAAACUUCUUAGCCUCAGUUUCCUUGUCUGUAAAGUGGGUAUAAAGAUGGUGCCUGUGUGGUGAGGUGUGGUGAGGUGUAACUCAUGGGAGGAAUGUAAAUAGCAUUGUAGCAAUGAGUCUGGCAUGUGGCAACACUCCACUAAAUGACAGUGUCACCACACACCGUUGUUAUUAGAUUGUGCCAAAGAAUGCUGCAGAGAAGCAGCUGGGGAACGAAACGAUGAGCCCAUGGCCACGAGGAUUCUCAUGUGUGAAUCUUGGCCUGGAGGGGCCGAGGGGCACACACGCGUGUCCUUGUCUCUGGAGUCGCGACUGUUCAGUGCCAUAUACUCCUGUGCCUUUGAUGGCAGACUGUGGCAAGUGGGCCCUCCCCCACCCUGCCACCCUUCUGCUUCUCUUCCCUUGCUCUGAAAAGAGAAGUACAAGUGAGUUCCCCCAAGGGGUCGGCCGCGCCCCUUCCUGUCUCCGCCCUACUGGCUGUCCCAGGCCAGUGGAGUAGUAGCCUGGUAGCAGGACAGCAGGUUGGGGUUGUAGGAGCUUGGGCUCGGAGAGCCUUGCUUGAGGCUCAGGCCUAGAGUUUUCCCACCUGCCCAGGCAGGCUGUUCCCGUCACGUUCUCCGCAGCUAUUUCAGCAAGAGCCCCAGGAUGGUGAGGUGGUUUCAUCGGGACCUCAGUGGACCUGAUGCAGAGACCCUGCUCAAGGGCCGGGGAGUCCCUGGGAGCUUCCUGGCUCGGCCCAGUCGCAAGAACCAGGGUGAUUUCUCCCUCUCAGUCAGGGUGGAUGACCAGGUGACCCAUAUUCGGAUCCAGAACUCGGGGGACUUCUAUGACCUGUACGGAGGGGAAAAGUUUGCGACGCUGACAGAACUGGUGGAGUAUUACACUCAGCAGCAGGGCAUCCUCCAGGACCGGGACGGCACCAUCAUCCAUCUCAAGUACCCGCUGAACUGCUCGGACCCCACCAGCGAGAGGUGGUACCAUGGCCACAUGUCUGGAGGGCAGGCAGAGACACUGCUGCAGGCCAAGGGCGAGCCCUGGACAUUUCUUGUGCGUGAGAGUCUCAGCCAGCCUGGUGAUUUCGUGCUGUCAGUGCUCAACGAUCAGCCCAAAGCUGGCCCAGGUUCCCCACUCAAGGUCACUCACAUCAAGGUUAUGUGUGAGGGUGGACGCUAUACUGUGGGUGGCUCAGAGACCUUUGACAGCCUCACAGACCUGGUGGAGCAUUUCAGGAAGACCGGCAUUGAGGAGGCCUCAGGUGCCUUUGUCUACCUGCGGCAGCCUUACUAUGCCACUCGGGUAAACGCGGCCGACAUCGAGAACCGGGUCUUGGAACUGAACAAAAAGCAGGAGUCCGAGGACACAGCCAAGGCUGGCUUCUGGGAGGAGUUUGAGAGUCUGCAAAAGCAGGAGGUAAAAAACUUGCACCAGCGCCUGGAAGGGCAGCGGCCUGAGAACAAGAGCAAGAACCGCUACAAGAACAUUCUUCCCUUUGACCACAGCCGAGUGAUCCUGCAGGGACGUGACAGUAAUAUCCCUGGGUCCGACUACAUCAAUGCCAACUAUGUUAAGAACCAGCUGCUAGGUCCAGAUGAGAACGCUAAGACCUACAUUGCCAGCCAGGGCUGUCUGGAGGCCACAGUCAAUGAUUUCUGGCAGAUGACCUGGCAGGAGAACACACGAAUCAUCGUCAUGACCACCCGUGAGGUGGAGAAAGGCCGGAACAAAUGUGUUCCAUACUGGCCGGAGGUGGGCACUCAGCGAGUCUACGGGCUCUACUCUGUGACCAACUGUGCAGAGCACGAUACGGCAGAAUACAAACUUCGCACUUUACAGAUCUCCCCGCUGGACAAUGGGGACCUGGUUCGGGAGAUAUGGCACUACCAGUACCUGAGCUGGCCUGACCAUGGGGUUCCCAGUGAGCCCGGGGGUGUCCUCAGCUUCCUGGACCAGAUCAACCAGCGACAGGAACGUUUGCCUCAUGCAGGGCCCAUCAUUGUGCACUGCAGCGCUGGCAUUGGCCGAACAGGCACGAUCAUCGUCAUUGACAUGCUAAUGGAGAGCAUCUCCACCAAGGGACUAGACUGUGACAUUGACAUUCAGAAGACCAUCCAGAUGGUACGGGCACAGCGCUCUGGCAUGGUGCAGACGGAGGCGCAGUACAAGUUCAUUUACGUGGCCAUUGCCCAGUUCAUUGAAACAACCAAGAAGAAGCUGGAGAUCAUACAAUCCCGGAAGGGUCAGGAGUCGGAGUAUGGGAAUAUCACCUACCCUCCUGCUAUGAGGAGUGCCCAUGCCAAGGCCUCCCGUACCUCCUCCAAACACAAGGAGGAGGUGUAUGAGAACGUGCAUAGCAAGAACAAGAAGGAAGAGAAAGUGAAGAAGCAGCGGUCAGCAGACAAGGAGAAGAGCAAAGGUUCCCUCAAGAGGAAGUGAACUGGGCACUCAUCUGCAGGUGGCCAUGCAUCAGCCUUAAUCCCUGCAGAGGCCUCCACUGGACAGAUCAAGACCUGUGACCCAUACCAGACCCUGGGACCACUCCCAUCAUUUUGUAAUUUAAAUUGCUGUGAUCCUCUGAACCUGUAUAUAACCCAGCAAGCCCCCAGGCAAAGCCAGACUUCUAUUCUUGUAAAUAAAGCCCCUGGACCUCUG